CUUCCUGCACUACUGAGCAGGUCUCGCUGGAGAGCCACGGAAAAGGGGAGAAGAGGAAGUCCCAGGAGGAAGAGAAGAAUGGCAGGGAAGAACUUGUGGAAAAGAAAGUUUGUAAAGGCUCCGUGGGCCUCCUUGGGCUGAAGGGCUACGUGGCGGAGAGGAAGGGCGAGCGCGAAGACAUGCAGGACGCGCACGUCAUCCUGAACGACAUCACGGAGGAAUGCCAGCCUUUACCCUCCCAAAUCACACGUGUCUCCUACUUCGCUGUUUUUGACGGCCACGGGGGAGUCCGAGCCUCGAAAUUUGCAGCACAGAACCUGCACCAAAACCUGAUUAAGAAAUUCCCUAAAGGCGAGGUGGUCAGCGUGGAGAAAACUGUGAAGAGAUGUCUUUUGGACACCUUUAAACACACAGAUGAAGAAUUUCUGAAGCAGGCGUCCAGCCAGAAGCCGGCGUGGAAGGACGGCUCCACAGCGACCUGUGUCCUGGCUGUUGACAAUACUCUCUACAUAGCCAACCUUGGGGACAGCCGGGCGAUUCUGUGUCGUUACAAUGAAGAGAGUCAGAAAUACGCAGCCUUGAGCCUCAGUAAGGAGCACAACCCCACGCAGUAUGAGGAGCGUAUGAGGAUACAGAAAGCAGGAGGGAAUGUCAGGGAUGGAAGAGUCCUCGGCGUGCUGGAGGUAUCCCGCUCCAUUGGGGACGGGCAGUACAAGCGCUGCGGCGUUAUCUCCGUGCCAGACAUCAAACGCUGCCAACUCGCGCACAACGACAGGUUCAUCCUGAUCGCCUGUGAUGGCCUGUUCAAGGUCUUUACUCCAGAAGAAGCUGUGAACUUCAUUGUGUCCUGCCUGGAGGAUAAGAACAUCCAGACGAGAGAAGGGAAGCUGGAAGCAGACGCUCGGUACGAAGCUGCGUGCAGCAGACUGGCCAACAAGGCCGUGCAGCGAGGCUCGGCGGACAACGUCACCGUCAUGGUGGUGCGGAUAGAGCACUGAGGCGGGUGCUCCGCGCUGCUCCCGGCCGGCGCAAGGAAGGGAGAAGUCGGAGCGUGUGGGGCUGGGGCAGGGAGGCUCCUCUCGGAUGCUCUUCAGUGUAAAUAAAGGUCUUUUCUAGUAGUUUUAGUUCA